UGUUUUCCGACGGGUUCUUGCUGCUCGUGUAUUUGGUCUUUCGUUCUCUUUCGUGCUCGUCGUCAGUGACUCUGCGUCACCGUCCCUGCCUGAGAUCAUUGAUUGCAUCAUCUUCAGGGGUUUUUAUUAUAAAAUCAUAAUCGAGGAUGCAAGUCUGUGGAAAAUUUGCAAUAAUGGGCUCAUGGCAACAAUCUGCAUGUGCUAAGGUGCUUAAUUUUCCUGCUCAUGGGUGUGACAGUUAUGGGUUUACGCCUCAAGUAAAGUUCAGUAACGUGAAGACUUGUAAAGCAUCUUAUGUUGAAGGAAGUUUGGUCGGUGGGAGGCCGUCUACACUCUCGGUGCCUGAAAUUGGAGGUGAUAGAAGUAGUUUCCUGGAUUAUGGCUUGAGUGAAGCUGAUCCUGAGGUUUAUGAUAUUAUUGGCAAGGAAAAGAAUCGGCAGUAUAAAAGCCUUGAGCUUAUUGCUUCAGAAAAUUUUACAUCGAGGGCAGUUAUGGAAGCCGUUGGUUCAUGCCUCACAAACAAGUACUCAGAAGGUUUACCUGGAAAAAGGUACUAUGGUGGAAAUGAGUACAUUGAUGAGCUUGAAAUACUAUGUCAAGAGAGAGCAUUGGCUGCAUUUCACUUGGAUGGGAAUAAGUGGGGUGUAAAUGUUCAACCCUUAUCUGGCUCUCCUGCAAAUUUUGAAGUUUACACUGCAAUUCUUAAGCCACACGAUCGGAUAAUGGGUUUGGACUUACCUCAUGGGGGGCAUUUAUCUCAUGGAUUCAUGACUCCCAAAAGACGUGUAUCAGGAACAUCAAUUUAUUUUGAAUCUAUGCCUUAUAGACUUGAUGAAACUACAGGCCUCAUUGAUUGUGACAUGCUUGAGAAAACUGCUAAUCUCUUCAGACCCAAACUCAUCAUUGCUGGUGCAAGUGCUUAUCCUCGAGACAUUGACUAUCCACGGAUGAGAAAAAUUGCCGAUGAAGUUGGUGCUUUUCUUAUGAUGGAUAUGGCUCAUAUUAGUGGACUUGUUGCUGCUGGCGUGCUUGCUGAUCCCUUUGAAUUUUGUGAUAUUGUGACAACCACAACUCACAAGUCCCUGAGAGGUCCAAGAGGUGGUAUGAUAUUCUUCAAGAAAGAUUCUGUGCAUGGUGUCGAUCUAGAGUCUGCCAUCAACAAUGCUGUAUUUCCCGGCUUACAAGGCGGUCCUCAUAACCACACAAUUGGAGGACUAGCAGUUUGUUUGAAGUAUGCUCAAUCCCUUGAGUUUAAGGUUUACCAAAACCAGGUGGUCUCUAACUGUAGAGCUCUAGCUAAUCGUUUGAUAGAACAUGGCUACAAGUUGGUAUCUGGUGGAACUGAUAAUCACUUGGCUCUUGUUGAUCUGAGGCCAUCUGGCAUUGAUGGUGCUCGAGUGGAGAAAAUUCUUGACAUGGCUUCUAUAACUCUCAACAAGAAUUCAGUGCCUGGUGAUAAAAGUGCCCUGGUUCCUGGAGGCAUUCGCAUUGGAUCACCAGCAAUGACAACAAGAGGACUAGGAGAGGAAGAGUUUGUUUUAAUUGCAGACUUCAUUCAUGAGGGUGCACAAAUAGCACUUGAAGCCAAACGUCUGGCCCCGGGAACAAAGCUCCAAGACUUUAUGCGGUUUGUGUCAUCCCCUGAAUUUCCUUUGAAAGAUCAGAUUUCAAGCCUUCGUAAAAAAGUCGAAGCUCUCACCACUCAGUAUCCAAUUCCUGGAGUUUAAGGUGGUGUAGGAUGAUAUAGAGCUUAACACCCCUCGUUCUUGUUACUUUUUCAAUACGAAAAAGAAAUGAGAAUGAAAAAUGAAAAGGGCAGUGGCUGCACAAUAAGUCCUAACAACUAGGAAGCUCAUGCCGGUUUCUUCUUUUCUUACUAACAGAGUAGUUUCUUUGGUCUUUGCCCCCUUAAUGGUCAAGCCAGGCAAAAUGUAUCGUUUGGUUCCGAAAAUAAGUUCUAUUUCAUACCGUUGCUGAAUUUUACUUUGACAAUAAUAUAAAAGAUCUGCAUUCGCUCCAAUUCUGUUCCAUCAACUAUUAUUUUGGGUCUUGGAGGUGAAAGUUGUAUAUUCGAGGAAUUCUAUCAACAGAGUAUUAUUUUAUAGAUUUUGUAUUGCGGGAUGGGAGUAGACAAAUACUUCUCUGUAGAAGUUAUUCAUUGGUAUUUUUAGUGCGUGAAUUAGACCUCCAGAUAUUUGAUGAAUUCACUGGAAAUGAAGUUUAAA